AUGGUUCAUACAAUUUAUACAAUAGGACAUUCAUCUCAUGACCUGUCAAGUUUUUUUUCAAUUUUAAAACUUUACAAUAUUGACCAAAUAGUCGAUAUUCGUCGUUCGCCUCGUUCCACUUCUUAUCCACAUUUUAAUAUUGAUCAAUUAAAAGAAGAAUGUUCAUUAUCAAGAUCAUCUUUCAAAUACUCUUUUCAAGGUGAUAUUUUGGGUGGUCGUCGUCGACGAUGUAAAUCUAUUGCUACAUUAAAUAAUGGUUUAUUGGAUCGUGAUUCGCAUGCAUAUGCUGAUCAUAUGCAACGGAUUGAGUUUCAUCAAUGUGUUAAUAAAUUAGUUUUAUCUUCGUUAACGUCGUCUCUUGUUCUCAUGUGUUCAGAAAAUAAUCCUGAGCAAUGCCAUCGUUCUUUGCUCGCUGAUUACUUAUGUCUUGUUCAUCAUAGUCAUGUUGCUCACAUUCUUUUUAAUGGUGAAACAUGCGCUCAUCAAGUUAAUACGCUAGCUCAAGUUAAUGAUGAAAACAACACGUGCAUUUAUCCAGGCAUGUUAUCGAACUGA